AUGGAAGGCACCCGGGCGCAAACUGUAACGAAGGAACUAUCGUCGCCGAUCCCAUCCCCUCGGCGUGAUGCGAUUGACCCUGAAGCCAAAAAACAACAACUCGCUAGAUUUCUACGAGAUUCCGACAACUAUGUUGGACGCUACACCGUGUCACCGUCAGAAUCAUCCAAAGAAGAUUACGCCACUCGUCUCACACAACUGUCCUCUAAUUUGAGUUUCCAUAACGAUUGGUUUUCUGACAACAAGAGUGAGUCGUCAGUUUCACUCGGAGAAACACCUUUGUACGACGUUGAGGGUAGUAUAACGACUUUUAGGUCAACUACAGGGACCGACUCUCAAUCAGUUACAUCUUUACCGAAUCGCCACAGAACAGCCACACACCGACGAAAACUGAUUUCUCCUUCCGUGUCCAGCGAAAAAACUGUGAGUGAUGAGUGUACUGACUCGUGGACACUGAUAUCAGACCGUUCAUCUAGACAUUCUGCUAUAAAUAGCUUGUCAGACAGCGACUUGGAUGAAUCGAUUAUAAGUCUCGUGUCUUCGGAGUUGUCCGAUGGUUCCGAUUCAUGUACGACUAUAUCCGACAGUUCCAACUCGUGGACGACAAUAUCCGAGGACUCAAGUUGUGAUGAUGAAAUUGAAAAUAUGAUGCGACGUAGGAGAAGAAAUAUAUCGUACGCCAAAUCUGCUCCUCACGUAUUACCGUACACGUUACAAACAAGAACGGAGCAAAUGAAUAAGGAAAUGAACGUGAUGCGCGCACGUUAUCGUAAUUUAUCUUUUGGGGGAAGACCGGAGUGGAACGGGAGCAUGAGCAUAAAGUCCCACUCUACUGGUCUCAGAAAGGUCAUUCAUCCAAAACCAACAUAUCGAUCUACCGUAUCUAUGAGUAACUAUGGCAACAACAUUAAAUAUCGUCCCACAUACUUUAAACGCAGUACUCUGCGUCCAAAGUAUGAGCUGUUUUUGAAGAACCAAAAGAAGAGGCUGUCAGCACUUGAUUUGAACAGUUCGAUAUCUACCAGUAGAAAGUAUGCGUCGUUUUUAAAGAACAAAACCAAGAUGUCAACAGAUAAUUCGAUCAAUUCCCCUUCAACGAGCUCAAGAUAUGCUUCAUUUUUAAAGAACAAAAACAAGAUGUCAACAUAUGACGAUUCGAUCAGGUAUUUUUAUACGAGUACACCAAAACCAACGAGAGGUAGUACUUUUCACCGCGACGUGUCUCGCGCCAGACGAGAUGAGCACCGACCUUGGAAUCGGACCAAUGAACGUAUGUUCUCUCCAGUUAGCGAUACCCCACUUUAUUUGUCUAACAUCGAAGGAACAUUUUCCUCCAGUUAUAACCACAAUCCUCUUGAAUCGAUGAUGGCGCCCUCUCUCGGUUUUGUCGGACCAUCAAUUUCUUCGGAGGCGUUAUUCUUGCCGCUCUCUGACAAUGCAUAUUGUAGCGACGAACGAUCAUAUAAUUUUGAACCGGCGCUCUCUGCCGGUAAUAGUUAUCGUUUUGUUUCUUCGCGUUUCAAAUAA